CAGCGCUCACCACUCACAACGAAAACAGCAGCCAGCUCUAAAAGCAGCGGAGCACGAAAUAAAUAAAUAAAAGUCGUAAACGCUGUAAAAAAAAGUUUCCUUUAGCCAAUUAUAGUAUUUUACCACUAACAAAAUGUUUCGCUCUAGUUUUGACAAAAAUCUGGAGAAUGCCACCAGCCAUUUGCGCCUGGAACCUGACUGGCCCUCAAUUCUUCUUAUUUGCGAUGAAAUCAAUCAAAAAGACGUCACACCCAAAAAUGCUUUUGCGGCGAUUAAAAAGAAAAUGAAUUCACCAAAUCCACAUUCGGCAUGCUAUUCGCUGCUGGUGCUCGAGAGCAUUGUGAAGAACUGUGGUGCACCUGUGCAUGAGGAAGUCUUCACCAAAGAGAACUGUGAGAUGUUUAGCAGCUUCUUGGAGCAAACACCACAUGAGAAUGUGCGCCAGAAAAUGUUGGAACUUGUGCAGACGUGGGCUUAUGCAUUUCGCUCAUCAGACAAGUAUCAGGCAAUUAAGGAUACUAUGACUAUACUCAAGGCCAAGGGGCAUACAUUUCCGGAGCUGAAGGAAGCGGACGCUAUGUUCACCGCCGACACGGCGCCCAACUGGGCCGAUGGUAGGGUGUGCCAUCGUUGUCGCGUGGAGUUCACGUUCACCAAUCGCAAACAUCAUUGCCGAAACUGUGGCCAGGUGUUCUGUGGCCAAUGCACGGCCAAGCAGUGCCCACUGCCCAAAUACGGCAUUGAGAAGGAUGUGCGUGUCUGCGAUGGCUGCUUUAUGGCCCUGCAACGUCCAGCAGGUGCCAAGUCGAGUACUCGUGGUGCGGCGGACAGCGAUUUGCCAGUGGAAUAUCUGAACAGCUCCCUUUCACAACAGGUGCAGACACCUGCGCGCAAGAGCGAACAAGAGCUGAAGGAGGAGGAGGAACUGCAGCUCGCUUUGGCACUAAGUCAGUCCGAGGCGGAGCAUAAGAAGCAGCCGUCGUCGGUCACUAGCUAUCGCAUGCAACAGCGUUCGCCCAGUCCGGAGCCGGUACAGCAGCAGUUGCCAGUCCAACAACAGCAGGAGGAAAGCAAUCCGGAGCUAGCCAAGUAUUUGAAUCGCAGCUACUGGGAGCAGCGCAAAAUAAGCGAAUCCUCUUCGAUGGCCAGUCCUUCGGCGCCCAGUCCGAUGCCGCCUACUCCACAGCCGCAGCAGCAGCAACAGCUACUACAAACAUUGCCAUUGCCAAAGAACGCCGAUGAGGUGCAAAUUGAUGAAUUUGCUGCCAACAUGCGCACCCAAGUGGAGAUCUUUGUCAAUCGCAUGAAAUCGAAUUCGAGCCGCGGACGCAGCAUUUCCAAUGACUCCUCGGUGCAAACUCUGUUCAUGACCCUCACUUCGCUUCACUCACAGCAGCUGACCUAUAUCAAGGAGAUGGACGACAAGCGCAUGUGGUACGAGCAGCUGCAGGAUAAGCUGGCACAGAUUAAGGACUCGCGUGCUGCUCUCGAUGUGCUGCGACAGGAGCAUGUGGAGAAGCUGCGGCGCAUUGCCGAGGAACAGGAGCGUCAACGUCAACUUCAAAUGGCCCAAAAGCUCGAGAUUAUGCGCAAGAAGAAGCAAGAGUACUUGCAAUAUCAGCGGCAGCUUGCAUUGCAACGCAUUCAGGAACAGGAGCGCGAAAUGCAAUUGCGCCAGGAGCAACAAAAGGCCCAAUAUCUAAUGGGCCAAACAGCGCCUUUUCCCUAUCUGCCACCCUCAGCAGUGGCUCCACACGGCUCUCCCUCGCAUCAGUUGAACAACGUUUAUAAUCCUUACGUAGCUGCCGCUGGGUAUCCAGCACCGAAUGGGGUUGGUCAGUUUGCAGGCGGCAUACCGCCGCCAGGCAUGUAUAAUCCCGCCAUGGCACAGCCACCACCAGCUCAGAGCAUGAUGAUGCCGCCAGCAGGCAAUAUGAUGCCACAACAGCCACUACCCGAAAACGCAUACCCGAAUCCAGCUCAGGCCAUGAUGUCACAGAUACCACAGCAGCAACAACAGCAACAACAACAACAACAACAACAAGUACCGCACCAACCGCAACCUCAGCCCCAGCCUCAACCCCAAGUACAGCCGCAACCACAUCUAGCCCAUGUUAUGCUACAGCAGCAGCAAAUUGUGCAGUCGCAUCCGCCAAUUCCAAAUGCCCAACUACCAUUGCAACAGGCACCGCCACCGCAGGCAACAGCAGCAGCACCUCCACCACCACCAACAGCUGCUGCAGUAGAACUCUCUAAUACACAAGUACAGGCUGUAGUUGCUGCACCGGCACCACCCCAAGACGAACCCGAACCAGCUGCUAAAAGCAAAGCACCCGAGCCCGCUACUGCAGAGCUGAUAAGCUUCGAUUAAACCACAAUUGUUAAUGAUCUUUUUUUAUUGAACGUGUUGCAGACUACCAACUUUUAUUGUAUUAAAAAGGGAUCGAACAUUAUGGAAAAGUUGAUAUUGAUAACUUAUAUUUACCAAUUGUAAUCAACCACCAAGAUGAACAGAAUGUCUUUGUAAUCGCAGUUUCUAUUAAUUAAUCCUUAAAAAUCCUGUUCUAUUAGUUGUCAAUCUUAUUUUGUAAACAAUUUACGGAAACUUUCA